GCUCCGAAUAAAUUCACCAACCCAUGACAGAUAUUUGUAUUCAAUUCGUCAUUUAUGAAGCAACCUCUGACCGCCCCAUGCUGGUGGUUUCUUCCCUUCCCAAUACCCUUUCUUUACAAGUUCGUCUCUUUCUGCCUCUAGGAAUGGACCCUCCUUGUUUUCACCAUUUGAAAAAAAUAUGGAGCUUUAUUUAAAUUCAAUGCAGCCGACCGAGAGCUUGCCUCAUAUUCUGUAGAGAGACAAAAGUGCUUCUUCAGUUGGGUUGUUUGUUUUUGUUGGUUUUCAAAUACCUGCAAAGCCAGACAAGGUAAGACUCGCAUUCUCUCUUCAAAGUCCAGAAGCUCCAUGGUCCUCAAAUUCUCAUUUGUUAUCUGAAUACUACCACUGAAUAUAUUUGCUUGCAAGGGUCCCCCUGAGUCUUCAGGGAAAGUGUUUCUUUUUGGAAGUGUUUGAGCCCAACACUCGUAUUGUCUUAAAACACUGGGGUGUUGGUUUUGUCUUAUGCGUAGUUGCAGAAACUAGUAAAUUGUUUUCUGAGAUGGACCCAGAACAUUUAUGAUCGAGUGAUGGUAGUUUGGAAGCUUUGAGAGAGGGUUUUGAACUGGGGAGGCUUUGUAUUCAAUAUUCAUACUCUAUUGUUUCUCAAUCUUCGACGUCAUUCCCAAAUGGGUUACGCUUUCUUUGGCUCCAUUUUAGUUCUCACACUUUUCUUCAAACUUUUGGCUUCUCAACAACCCAACACAGAUGGUUUCUUUGUCUCUGAGUUCUUGCAGAAGAUGGGUUUGACUUCUUCUCAAGUCUACAACUUCUCUGCUCCAGUUUGCUCAUGGCAACGGGUUUUCUGUGAUGCCGGAAAAGAAAAUGUUGUUCGGUUUGAAGCUUCUGGUUUAGGCCUCACUGGCUCUAUUCCUGACACCACCAUUGGCAAGCUCACAAAUCUUCAAUAUUUAGACCUUAGUAACAACCAAAUCACUGGUUUGUCUUCAGAUUUGUGGAGUUUAGGCUUACUCAGGAGUCUUAAUCUCUCCUCCAACCGGAUUUCUGGGUCCCUACCUAACAACAUUGGCAAUUUUGGUAUGCUAGAAAUCUUAGACCUUUCAAGCAACAAUUUUUCUGGGGAAAUUCCGGCAACCAUAAGCUCACUAGUUAGUCUGCAAGUCCUUAAACUCGAUCGAAACAGCUUUGAGCAGAGCAUCCCAUCAGGAAUUAAGAAUUGCCAGUCCCUAGUUACCAUUGAUCUUUCAUCGAAUCAGCUAAGUGGAUCUCUUCCAGAUGGUUUUGGUGCUGCUUUUCCCAAGCUCAAGACCUUGAACCUUGCAGGAAAUGAGAUUUAUGGCCAAGAUUCAGAUUUCUGGGAAAUGAAGUCCAUAGCUAGCCUUAAUAUUUCUGGAAAUUUGUUCCAGGGUUCUGUAAUGGCUGUGUUGCAGGAGCAGCUGGAGAUUAUAGACCUGAGUAGGAACCAGUUUCAAGGUCAUAUUUCUCAGGUACAAUUCAAUUCAAGUUACAAUUGGUUUCAUUUGGUGUAUAUAGACUUGUCUGAGAAUCGGCUUAGUGGAGAGAUUUUCCAUAAUUUGAGUCAAGCCCAGAAUCUCAAACACCUUAAUCUUGCACACAAUAGAUUUAACAGGCAACGCUUCCCGAGAAUUGAAAUGCUUUUAGACUUGGAAUAUCUCAAUUUGUCUAAAACUGCUCUCACUGGUCACAUUCCGGAUGAAGUCUCACAAUUAGUUAAUUUGAAUACACUUGAUCUUUCUGACAACCAUCUUACUGGGAAAAUUCCAGUGCUAAGUAUCAAAAGCCUCCAACUUCUUGAUGUUUCACACAACAACUUGAGUGGAGAAGUUCCUUUGUCUCUCUUAGAGAAACUCCCAUGGAUGGAGAAGUUCAACUUCUCUUACAAUAACAUAACCCUCUGUGCUUCUGAGUUCUCCCCCGAUACCCUCCAAACAGCCUUCUUUGGUUCAUCUAACAGCUGUCCAAUUGCUGCAAACCCUGAGCUCUUCAAAAGAAAACCCACCAAACAUAAGGGAAUGAAGCUUGCUCUGACUUUAACCGUCUCAAUGAUCUGUUUGCUUGCUGGGUUAUUGCUAUUUCUAGCAUUUGGUUGCAGAAGGAAAAGUAAGAUGUGGAUUGUAAAGCAGACAUCAUACAAAGAAGAACAACAUAUUUCAGGCCCCUUUUCAUUCCAGACUGAUUCAACCACAUGGGUAGCUGAUGUUAAGCAUGCAAAUUCAGUGCCCGUGGUGAUUUUUGAGAAACCAUUGUUGAAUAUCACAUUUGCAGACCUCCUGUCUGCAACUUCAAAUUUUGACCGUGGCACUCUUUUGGCUGAAGGAAAAUUUGGGCCUGUUUAUAGAGGAUUUCUACCCGGUGGUAUUCAUGUAGCAGUGAAAGUUUUGGUCCAUGGGUCAACAUUAACAGAGCAAGAAGCUGCAAGAGAGCUCGAGCAUCUUGGUCGAAUUAAACACCCCAAUCUUGUUCCAUUGACUGGAUAUUGCUUAGCUGGGGAUCAAAGAAUUGCAAUCUAUGAUUACAUGGAGAAUGGGAACCUGCAGAAUUUGCUUCAUGACUUGCCACUUGGGGUUCAGACUACCGAGGAUUGGAGCACAGAUACAUGGGAAGAAGAUGAUAUUAAUGGAAUUCAAAAUGUCGGCUCUGAAGGGUUAUUAACAACUUGGAAAUUUCGUCACAAAAUUGCACUUGGUACAGCCCGAGCACUGGCUUUUCUCCACCAUGGCUGCUCACCUCCAAUUAUUCAUAGAGAUGUCAAAGCUAGCAGUGUGUAUCUGGAUUAUGAUUUGGAGCCCAGAUUAUCAGAUUUUGGUCUGGCUAAAAUUUUUGGCAAUGGCUUGGAUGAGGAGAUAGCCCAAGGGUCACCGGGGUAUAUGCCACCAGAGUUUUCUCAGCCAGAAUAUGAUACCCCAACACCAAAAUCUGAUGUAUAUUGCUUUGGGGUUGUCCUAUUUGAGCUAAUCACUGGUAAAAAACCAACUGGAGAUGACUAUCCUGAGGAGAAAGAAGCAACUUUGGUGAGUUGGGUUCGAGGAUUAGUGAGGAAGGGCCAAGGGUCAAGAGCGAUUGAUCUGAAAAUACGAAAUACAGGACUGAGUGACCAAAUGGAGGAGGCCCUCAAGAUCGGGUAUCUGUGCACGGCUGACCUUCCCUCAAAGCGACCUAGCAUGCAGCAAAUAGUUGGAAUUCUUAAAGAUAUUGAGCCAACAUCUCAUCAGUGAUGAACAUGAAAAAAGAAGAUAAAAGCAGAGUUUCUUACUUUGCUUUAUAUCUUCUUUGUUAUUUUUUUCUGUUAUGACUUUCUUUCUAUGCUGCCAUGGAGGGGAAUGUACAGUAGCCCUGAACUCUGCUUUUGGUUUUGAUGUCUUUCCAUUACCUUUCCAUUGCUGGUGGCAUAAAAGUUUAAUUUAUACAAAGAAAGAGUUUG